AAGAGCGUCCAAGUUCUCUUCAUAUUUCCUCUUCAGGUCCCACUCUCUGUUUCACCAAAACAACGGCGCGGACAAUAAAAUCAGCCGAAGCAGUUUCACCAUUUCCAUUCCCAUUCCCUCUUCCUUUUCUAUGUUUCAAAUUUUAGAGACACUACACAACCUCCCCCUUCUUCUUCUCAAUCCCUUUCUUCCCAUCUGUUCUUUUUAAAAAAAUCCAGGAUUCUGUUUCUAUGUCUUACCUCCAUAUACAUUUUCUUUUCUGUGAAGCUCCCAACACAAAAUCAAUUUGUUUUUCUCUCAUGCAAAUGUCAUAUUCUUGAUCAUCCACUCAACACGAUCUGGACUUUGCUCUCUGUCAUUCAGGUAUGCCUUUGUCUCUCUGGAUAAUUCCUGCCUUUUUCUUUUUUAAGUUUGAUUCAACCAAAUGUCGUCUUCUAUGUUACUCUUUCAAUUUGUUUUCACUUUAUAACCUCUGAAAACAAAAAGUCUUGAGUGCUUCUGUGUUAGAUUAGAUCCCCAAAUGAGUGAGUGGUAAUUCAUCUUUUAACAACUUGUUCCCGGGGUUGAGCUCUCUGUCUUAUGUUCUCAUUACAGCUGCUAAACUGGAACAUCUUCAUGUUUACUCCUUAGAUCAACACAUUUGCUCUCUCAAAACAUUUCAAACUAAUGGAUUGAAAUAGAGGUGGCAGCCCAUUUCGGCCGGAAUGUUAAAACCUUUACUUUCUGGGCUGCUCCUGCUUUCCUUACUCCUCAUUUCAGCAUCUGCAAAUGACAAUGGCCUAUCGCGAUGUAACUGUGACGAUGAGGGCAGCUUAUGGAGCAUAGAGAGCAUUUUAGAUUGCCAGAGAGUGAGUGAUUUUUUGAUUGCAGUCGCCUAUUUCUCCAUCCCUAUCGAACUCUUAUACUUUGUUAGCUGCUCCAAUGUCCCCUUCAAAUGGGUCCUCUUCGAGUUCAUCGCUUUCAUUGUUCUUUGUGGAUUGACCCAUUUGCUAAAUGGUUGGACCUAUGGCCCUCAUCCCUUUCAACUCAUGCUUGCUCUCACUGUCUUCAAGAUUCUAACCGCUCUCGUUUCGUGCGCCACCGCCAUCACACUCUUCACGCUCAUUCCUUUGCUUCUUAAAGUGAAGGUUAGAGAAUUCAUGUUGAAGAAAAAGGCAUGGGAUCUUGGUCGCGAAGUUGGGAUUAUAAUGAAGCAGAAGGAAGCUGGAUUGCAUGUUCGAAUGCUUACUCAGGAGAUUCGGAAAUCGCUUGAUAGGCAUACAAUUCUUUACACUACCCUUGUUGAGUUAUCUAAGACUUUGGGAUUGCAGAAUUGUGCUGUGUGGAUGCCUAAUGAGAUCAGGACGGAGAUGAAUUUAACUCAUGAAUUGAACGGGGGAAGUUAUUCCAACACGGAUAUAUAUUCAAUACCGAUUACUGAUCCUGAUGUUGUUAGGAUUAAAGGGAGCGACGGAGUGAACAUACUUAGCCCCGGUUCAGCCCUCGCUGCUGGGAGUAGCAGAGACUCCGAUGAGCAAAGACCUAUGGCCGCAAUUCGGAUGCCAAUGCUUCGAGUUUGCAAUUUCAAAGGAGGAACUCCUGAGAUAAUACAGGCCUGUUAUGCAAUAUUGGUACUCGUUCUUCCCGGGGAAGAGCCGAGAUCUUGGACUAACCAGGAAUUAGAGAUAGUAAAGGUGGUGGCUGAUCAGGUGGCUGUGGCUCUUUCCCAUGCUGCAGUUCUUGAAGAGUCCCAAUUCAUGAGGGAGAAAUUGGAGGAGCAAAACCGAGCCUUGCAACAGGCGAAAAUGAACGCAAUGAUGGCAAGCCAGGCGAGAACAGCGUUUCAGAAGGUAAUGAGCGAUGGUAUGAAGAGACCGAUGCAUUCUAUUUUGGGUUUAAUUUCGAUUAUGCAGGACGGGAAUCUAAAUACUGAACAAAGGAUCCUCGUCGAUGCAAUGAUGAAGACUAGCAAUGUGCUAUCAACAUUAAUAAACGACGUAAUGGAAAUUUCAACAAAAGAUAGCGGAAGGUUUCCCUUGGAAAUGAGAUCAUUCCGAUUACGUGCCACAAUCAAAGAAGCAGCUUGUCUCGCCAAGUGCUUAUGCGUUUAUAGGGGGUUGGGUUUUUCAAUUGAAGUCGACAAGUGCUUGCCUGAUAAUGUCAUGGGAGAUGAGAGGAGGGUUUUUCAAGUGAUUUUGCAUAUGGUUGGUAACCUGCUCGAUGGCAAUAACAGAAGAGGGUCUGUGUUGCUUCGGAUUCUCUCGGAGAAUGGAAGCCAGGAAAGGAGCGAUCAUAAAUGGGCAGCCUGGAGAAGUAACACACCUGAUGGAGAUGUAUAUAUCAGAUUUGAAAUUAUUGUGCAGGAUGAUGUUUCUGAAUCCGAAGGUUCAAGUUCAGAUGUGCAUCUUGGAGGUAGGAGGUAUACCAGUGACGGAAUUGAGGAGAGCUUGAGCUUCAGCGUUUGCAAAAAGCUGGUUCAGUUGAUGCACGGGAAGAUCUGGGUAGUACCGAAUGCUCAAGGCAUUCCUCAAAGCAUGGGGCUAGUCCUUCGGUUUGUACUCCGUCCGUCAAUUUCCAUAGCUACAACUGAAUCUGGAGAAUCAUAUGAUCACCCCCAUUCCAACACUUUAUUUAGAGGCUUGCAAGUUUUAUUAGCUGAUGCAGAUGAUGUCAAUAGAGCUGUAACACGAAAACUGCUCGAGAAAUUAGGUUGCUGUGUUAUUACAGUUUCAUCUGGAUUUGAAUGCCUUAGUGCUGUUGGUCCGUCCGCGUCUUUCCAAAUUGUUCUUGUCGAUCUUCAAAUGCCUGAGUUGGAUGGAUUUGAGGUUGCAUCGAGAAUACGAAAGUUCCGAAGCCGGAAUUGGCCGUUGAUCGUGGCCCUAACAGCAAGCACAGAUGAUGACAUGUGGGAAAGGUGUUUGCAGAUUGGAAUGAAUGGUGUGAUUCAGAAGCCGGUUAUGCUUCAAGGAAUUGCAAAUGAGCUUCGAAGAGUUGUUCUUCAGGCAAACAAGGUGAUGUGAUAACAUUAUUACAGUUCAGCUAAAUUCCCAUCAACCUUGUACCGUACAAAUGUCUACAUUAUUACAUAUACUACCUUCACAAUCUCAAUGAUAUAUACAGAAUUAGCUUCUUUCAUUA